AAGUUUAUUACGACGUAGAUAAGAAAAUAAAAUAAUCUUGUUUAUUUUAUUCUAAAUAUAUAAUCAAGAAUUUUUGAAUUAAAAAGUAACUAAGAGCGCGUUUUCUACGGCCCUGAACAAAAGUCACAGUGGCAACAUUCCUGAAUCUGAUAUGUGCGCCGGUCUUUUACUGAUCUAUCCCGUUUAUUCAUCUUUGGUUCAUGAAAUUGUAGGCUAACUAGCUAUGUACAUAGACGUGAACUUUAGCACGUGAGCAAGGUCUCAUCGACUGACCGAGAAUUUAAUGACGUCCACGAAUCGGCUCGACCCCGAAAAUUUUGUUUUUAUUUUAAUGCUAAAUACGGAUUUAAUAUAAAUAAAUUCUCUACGGUAAUAUUUAUAGAAUUGCCGGAAAAAACUUUCUUGGUGUAUUUUUAUUUAAAUUUUUCAACUUGCAAAUAUAUUUAAUAUAUAACAUAAUAUAUACAUGAAUAAGUUAUUCACAUGAAUAAAAAUAUGCAUUAAUUUCUCUUGAUAUUUAUAUCAUAAUUUUCUUCAAACGCGAUGUGCUAACAUGUGGCAUUAUGUAAGUUCAACGAGACAAUUAUUCUUCCUUUACAACGCGAGUUGAUUUUUAUUAAGCCGAAUUUGAUACUUAAAAAUGUGUUAAAUUGCAUAAAAAAUUUUUAUAAUGUGAAAUUUAAAUAAAACAGAACAUGUGAAGUACUUAAAAAAGUUUAAAGCAAGCUAGCUGAUGAACGAAUAUUAUUAUUGAGUGUCUAUGGCUUAGAUAAUGUUGCCCGAGGUAAAAGGUUCGGGGUUUCAUCAAUGUCAUGAGCAGAAAAAUUUCAGAAAAAUCAAGAUCUGGCCCCAAAGCUGGAACCUCGUCUUCGAGCGUGACAGAAGCUCUCAGUAGAGAGAGCUCAGCCUUUAAUUCUCUAGCUUUGGAUGUUUCCUUAGCUGGGUUAUCAGUCACUGAUGUACCUGUUACAUCCCCAGAAAAUGAACUGUAUAAGUCCUCAAGUGUUUGGAGGCUACCAGACUCUGAAACCGAUUCUCAAUUGUGGGAAGACAUUGGUGUUGUUGAGUACUUAGAAACUAAACAUGUUGCUCCGGAUCAGAGCACUGAAGAAGAACGCGUUGAAAUUUUAAAAGAAGUUCUUCGAGAUACUGAUAUUCAUGAAGGAGAUGGUAGUUUGUCUGAUUUUCUUUUUCACGUUGCUAGGACCAAGAAUGGAAAAAUUUAUAUUAGAGUCAUCAGAACGCUGCUACUCAACAGAGUUCUAUGCAGUAAUCGAGUGAGCCAAAUGACCAAAACCUAUAAUGAUAUAGAAGCAGUGACAAGGCUUCUAGAGGAGAAAGAAAAAGAUUUGGAGCUAACAGCACGUAUCGGAAAAGAACUUCUUACGCACAACCAGAAACUAGAAACAAACAUAAAUGCCCUGGAAGCCGAGCUAAAAACUGCAAAUGAAAAAAUAACCCAACUGAGUCACGAGCUGCUAAAGAAAACCGAACUAAUUCAAAUAUUAACAAAUGACGUUGAAGAAUCAUGCUCAGAAAGCGGUACACCUAUGGGAGUCCGUAGUAUUAACCUCGACAUAAUGCAAAAGCGAAUAACAUCCCUAGAAGAUGAAAACAAACAGCUAAAAUGUGAGUUCACAAAACUUGUCCACGAGACAGAUGAUUGCGAGGCGCAAGAAGCCAAAUUAGUAAAGGACAUAGCAAACCAAUUAGCAAACGCCAACAUGGAAGUCGACGGCUUCGUAGAAGAGCUCGAAAGACAGAGAGACGAAAAUCGUCUUCAACAUGAGCAAAUAAUGAGCUUGACCGCGAAGUUAGCCGAGACAGAACUUCGACUAGCCCAGCUGAUGACCGAGCACGACGAGGUAAGCUCCAACCUAGUUAUUACUCGCGAAAAUCAAAACACUCUCGCCGCGGAGCUGGCUGAUUUCAAGGACAAGUACGCAGAGGUCGUUAAUUUACUCGCUGAGACCCAGGAACAGUUACGAAAGCAACGUAAAAAAGGCAUGCCUACCGUCAGAGGUGGUUCUUUUUUCCCUUCGAUGGGUGCUGUGCCCCAACCAGACUCCAUAGCAUCAGAACUGGAGUCUUCUCUUUACUCCGAGUUCAGCCUCGACUCCGGAAUCAGCAGCGAUCGCAUGCCCACUUACAAAAAGGUCUUUGAAACAGUUAGGAGCGCCUCGCGAGUGUCUUACAGCGGUCCGGAUGCUAAUCAGUUCCCCAGGAUAGGUUCAAUGACCACCUCAACACUGUCCUCAGGAACAACCGGUCCUAGAAUGAGCAGUGGACCGUUCAAACCUCAAUUAGGUUCAGGUUUUCCUAGUUUAGACUCAACGGGCCAGAGCGACAGUGAAGGCUCUUUACUAACAGACUCUGAAGAGUACCCGGGUCCUCAUCCAACUGGAGUUCCUGGAGCGCCGGGAGCUGCUGACCUAGAAGCAGCUCUCCGGCGGCUCACUCCAGCUGAAGUGAUAGUCCGACGUGCAUGCUUAAGUACCGGCGCUGGGUACAAUUACGAUUACGAUGGCGGGGGUAUUCAUUCUCCGUCGACUUACCUGCCUUUCGGCUGUAGAACUCCGGAUAGUAUUAUGUCCACAGGCAGCUACGGGAAUCUCAGUGGGUUCAGUGGGAACUCAUCCAGCUGGCGGCUUCCAGAAAAAUUGCAGAUUGUUAAACCCAUGGAAGGUUCGCAGACGCUCCAUCAUUGGUCGCAAUUAGCUACUCCGACUCUCGGAGGGCUCUUGGACGAGCGUCCGGGAGUUAAGACUCGGGGAGGUAGGGGAUUAGAGGAUUUAGGGCUGGAGACUUUUACUCUAGCUGACCUUGAGGAGGAUGAGGAGUAUUCUAAUCCUGGAAAAUUGUUCCAAGAUACUGGCUCGGUUUAUACGCUGACUAACAGCACAGUUCUUCAUCCGGAGGAUCCGUUGCUUAUGAACUCUAGUUUGAUGGGCAGUAGAGUUGCUACUGCGCCUAAUAGUGUAAUUAAUUCUGGCAUGAGCACUCCGAGGACUUUGUCUAGGCGUAAUUCCACUUCGACAUUUUCUACCACGUUAGGUUUGGCUAAAAUGCUCAAUGAAAGAGGGAUCAAAGGUGUCACCUUGUCCUGUGCUACCACUCCUAGUGGGGACAAAAAUUUCACACCCACCGCGACACCUUGUAACAGUCCGGAUGGAACUCCGCCGUCUUCUAGGCCAACUUCUCCGGUUCCGUACAGCAGUAUGUCCUUUGGACUCUUCAGCAGUGGUGCUGAGCUUUUGAAGAGGACGUUUGGCAGCGAGCCGGUAAAUACACCACCUUCACAAUCUAAGAGAAAGAAGAAGCCGCUGUCCAGGACUGAGAAGAAAGCACUUGCUGGGAUUAGAUUAGUGGAGAAACUUGAAAGAAUGGGAAUUGAUACUAUCAUGGCGGCUAAUACUAAUUCCUCGCUGUCGCCACUUGCUCUGCAGGGAGCUUUGUGUACUAGGAGGUCUGUGGAGAGUCCCAUGGCGCAGUUGAUGUCUCUCAAGGGAUCUAUGUCUACGGAGAAAAUAGGAUCUUCUUCUUCUGGAAGUGAAUCGGCUAGUUUUCAUUCUAUGUCCAAGGACGAGAAGAAGGCUAGGGGUAAUUCUAGGGGGCAAUUGGCCAGGCAAAGAAGGGCAGGUGCUGGGGCUACUAGACCUGAUCUGGGGCAAGUUAAACCUGCGGUUCCAGCACCGGCUACUACUAAGGAAUCUGCCGCGCAGUCCGCGCUCGGGACUAUUAGCUCACUUCUUUUUGGACGUAAAGGCGGACUUCUGUAAAGUUUUUCAUUUGGAGUUCCGUUUUUCAUUU